UACAUCCUUUACUCAAUUAUUAGGUACAUUGCCUCUGUUGCGACCGCAGGACACAAUAAUCUGUGAUAGCUUCACAGGAUGCAAUUCAAUACUGUAGUGUUAUGUGCUCUCAUAUUUGCGAUACCCGGACAAAGUCAAGAUGAUUCCGAACAGACUACAAUUGACCCAAGGCUGGAAGAGGGAGAGAAGAAGAUGAGCGAGAGUAUUCUGGAGAUCUUGGAACACUUCAAGCAACCUGAUCCCGUGGGACUCCCGGGUGCUAAAGUUCCCGAUCCAUAUUCUGUUCCUGACAUGAAACAGUCACUGGCAUUUGGCACUGUCCUGUAUUUUAAAAAUACCGCAGUUCACGGCAUUAGUAAAUUUCGGAUUGAGUAUAUAAAUGCAGAAAUAUCAGCUAUGGAGGUCCAAGCAAUAAUGACAAUAGACAAGUUGCAAGCACGUGGUAAUUACACGUUGUCAACUUGGGUAAACAGAGCCCAAGGACCGUUUACAGUAGACGUCUCUGGACUCAAAGUACUUGCAAAGGCAAAUCUCGGUGUUGAGAGAGACGGCAAGCUGAGAGCUCAAAACAUGCAUAUAGACAUUGGAUUUACCAACAUUGCUGUCAACUUCGAAAAUCUCGGUGUACUAGGUAGUAUAUUCCAGGGAUUUAUUAACUCUGUGGGACCUUUUGUAUUUGACUCAAUUAAACCAUACAUUCUUAAGGAAGCCUACACGAAAAUGAGAGUUGAGAUUAAUACUAAAUUAGAUGAAGUCGCUGGAGAUAUGCAAUUCCCAAAUUCCAUUUCACCAUUAGAUAUGAUAAUCGCAGACGCCAGAAAGAAAGUACAAGAAAUGGAAAUGGAUCCUUACAAGGUUAAAGACUACAACACAACUAUGGGUAUCUUCUCCGUUUCAUUAUCACGUACAUGGGUUUUAGGAAUAUCAUCCUUUGAACGUGUUGGUAAUAUCACUUUAAAAAUUGAAAACAAUACCGUUAUCGCCGACUUUGAAAUCGGUACUCAGAAGCUUGAGGGUAUGACUCAGUGGGAAAUCACGGCUGUCAGCGGUGUUAUGUCAAGAGCAGGAACAGCUUCAUUUUCAGUUGAAUACGUCAGUGGGAGAAUGAUUGUAGGACAACCGCUUGAUACAAGAAAACGGCCACAAAUGAGGGAUUUAGAUCUUGAAGUUGGUAACAUACAGGUUCGCUGUGAAGGAGCAGGUACUUUAGAUUAUAUUAUAGAAGCUGUAGUUAAUAUUCUUCCAAAUUUACUGAGAUAUCAAAUAAUGGACGCUCUCGAAGGACCACUUAAAGAAAAAAUACAACAAGAAUUGGAUAAAAUAAACGUAGAGGAUACAAUAAAACAAGAAUUACAUAAAGUAGAUGAAAUCCAACAACAAGGAUUUACGCUUUCGUAUCUAAAAACUAAUGAUGUACAGGAAGAGCCACAUGAUGAAGAUGAUUUCUUCAAUUUUUGAUUGAGAUUAAUAAAUUAGAUUUAAGAUGCACUCCAAAUGUUAAUGCACCAAAUAACGCAAUAAGCAAAAAAUAUAUUUUGUAAUCAGAUCGUAUUACAUAAAUUUAUCUGGCAACGAAAAAACUGAUUUUAAUCUCAUUAUUGACGAUAUCUACUGAUCAGAUCUUGAUCAAAUUAAUAUAUGAGAACUACCAACUUACAAAUAAAAAUAAAUCUAGAUCAAAGAGAUUGGAGAAAGUUCUAAGGUUACUUAAAAAAACAAUUGAAUUUAGACCCUCUUCCUUUUUUCAAGAAUGCAAAGUCGUACUCGUAGUAAAACCAAGGAUCACAGAAAAAAUGAUUUUUAAAAAAUCCUCACAUAGAUAGUUUUAGUAUGUUUACAAAAUUUAAUAUUUGAUGAAAUGACAAAGAAUUGGUUCUUUGUCAUUUCAUCAUUCCUAUUGUUUAUUUAUGUUAGAUAUUUGUAAAUAAAUGUAAUUAGGGCAAUAUUAAUUAUCAUAGUCAUAAUUACUUAUGUAACACUGACAUACAAGUUAGUCCUUAAUUCUUCACGUCUAGCGACAUUUGUACGAUAAUCAAAUAAAUAAUUAAGAUUAAGAAAUAAAUUAAUUAGAUAGAUAUUGGUAGUUUUAUUCCCUACCAUUAUUACUGCUGUGCGAUUUUUUUUGUAAAAAUAAGCUAACAUUGCCAUUGCCACUAUUAACAGCAAUACAACACGUUAUUAUGUGACACCCGUGAUAUCACUUAUUCCAAAAUACGAGUAUCCCAUACUUCUUCUGUAAUUCCAUGCUUCUUCUUCUGCCAUCUUAUUCUGUAAAUUUCUCUUUCAAAGGUGAGACAAAGCAGCUGUAUUUUGUUUGAAACGAGAAAACACAGCUUACAAAGUUAGCUGUAACUGAAAUAGAGGAGACUGAAGUACCAGCUAAGUCGGAGUUUUUGUUAUUUUUUAUUGUUACGAAAUCUACCUAGGUAUUCUAUAACCGAUGAUAUUGGACAUGAGAUAGCAAUUGAAACUUCAUGCAUCUAGUUAAACACAAUGAUGAAAGUACCGUAUAUGCAUUUAACAAAAACUUAAUUUU